AUGCUGGUCGCCCUGCGCGCUGUCCGCGAGGCUAAGGCAGGUCGGGUUAGCCACGCCGCGGACGCCCUGGAUGAGAUGCGCGAGUGCUUCCUGCUCUUUGGGGUACGCGCCCCCUUUGGCUGGAUCACGCGGCUACGCACGUAUGGCAAGAAGAUCCAGAAUAGCACCACUAGCAUGGGCUAUAUCUACUGGAGCGACGACGAGCAGACCCUGAGCUAUAAGGACCUGCGCCUGAGCAUGCGCGGGCUGCGGGAAUUCGUCGCGGGGCAGGUCUCGCGCGCUCAGGUAGAGCUCGCGGGCCUCUUCCUCCUACAUGAGGAGGAGGCCCGCGAGGAGGUAGUGCCGCGCCUGGCCCUGCACGAGCUACAGGAUGACCCAACUAAUAACACGCGGGGGUGGAACUUCCUGCGGGACCCAUGCACGCGGAAGGCCCUCCCUACCCAUAGGGACCACUGGCUGCUGGACCGCGUGCUUGGGGCGGACUGGCUGCGCGAGGAGUUCCUAGAGGUCCGCCAGAUUAGCGGCCAGCCUGCGCGGGCCACCAAGCUGCUGGGGCUGCGCCACCGCAACACCCUGCAGGGCCGCCACCGGAACAUCUUCAUUAAGCAUGGGCUGGUUAGCAUGGUCACCACGUACCAUAAGGGCUAUUCCAUUAGUAACACCACCAAGAUCAUCCACCGCUACCUGCCCAAGGCCGUGAGCAAGCUGGUGGUCUACUACCUCUGGCUAAUCCUCCCCUUCCGCGAGGCCCUGGAGCGGCUGGCCCGGGGCCACCGCGGGCCCGCCUCGGCCUUCCUCUGGCCAGCGGCCGCGGGCGGAGGGGACCAGGGGGGGAGCUGGCCAAGCGAGCGCCUGCGGAAGGUCCUGUAG